AUGGCAACGAGUGCUGGGAGAGAUACUACAACAGGAAGCACAGACGAGACCACCAUGUCAACAAUUACUACCACUGGACACAGGGGAACUUUGGAGCUCACCACAGCACUGACCACAAGUAAGACAGAACAGACCACCGUCCGCACUGGUACAGAACAAACUACGCCUCUGUCAUCUAGUACUGAAGACAGUAGGGGUACUGAUAAAACCACCACCAUGAAAACUACACCUGCAGAGCAGGGAAGCACGGAGAAUACCGACAUGCCGUCGACUUCGACAGAUGUGCCGGGCACUACGGAAGACACCACGAUACUACAAUUUACACCCGGAACUGGUGUAACAGACAGCACGGAGUUUUCUCCUACAACUACAAGCCAGAGGAGUACCGCGACUGAUAGCACAACGCUUCCAACUACCACGGUAGAGACCACGCUACCACAAACUAGCACGGCAUCGACUGAGAAGAGUAGUACAACAAAAACCACGGUACCUCCCAGCACCGCAUCUGAACGCGACACUACAGAGAAAACGACGAUAAUUCUAAGUACCUCUGAUGACGUGGGUAGUACAGAAGAAACCACACCGUUCGCAACAGGAACUACUAGUGGAGGGGAUGUCACAGAAUCUACUAUGGCUCCAUCCACCUCUGCGAGAGAGGAGGCGUCCACAACGGGAACAACAAUUCUGCCAACCACCAGAACAGAGGGCAGUUCUACAAAGGAAACGACGUUGGCAACGCCUUCAUCUGAACCACAGGACACGUCGAUGUUCACAACUGAAUUCUAUACCACAGAUGAAAUCUCGAGGCCACCGACUACUGCACUCCAACAAUUCAACACGGGUGAAACUACAGAGGCACUGACUUCAACAACGGAACAAGGUACCACGGAAGAAACACCAAUGCCAGCGACAGUAACAACGAGGCUGGGUACCACGGUAGAGACGCCAAUGCCAUGGACAGUAACAACGGAGCUAGGUACCACGGUAACAACGGAGCUAGGUACCACGGUAGACACGUUAGAGCUUCUAACCUCUACAAUGGAUUUAGGUACCACGAACGAGACGCCACUGCCUCCUACGUCUACAGCAGAUCUAGGUACCACCGAAGGAACACCCAUGCCUACAACGUCUACAACCAAGAGAGGGACUACGGUAGAGACACUGGCCCCUGCGACUUCUACAGUUGAGCUUGAUACUACUGAGGAGACGCCAAUGCCUCCAACCUCUACAGUUGAGCUAGAUACCACGGAUGAGACAGCAACGCCUAUAAUUUCAACAGUGGAGCUGGGUACUACCGUAGAGACCUCGGUGCCUCCAACGUCUACAACCAAGCUAGGUACCACGGUAAAGACGCCAAUGCCUGCGACAGUUACAGCGGAUGUAGGUACCACGGUAGAGACAUCGAUGCCUCCGACCUCUACGGUUGAGCUGGGUACCACGGUGGAAACCCCAGUUUCUUCAACGUCUACCACCGAUUUAGGUACUACGGACGAUACUCCGAUGCCUCUAACCUCUACAAUUGAACUAGGCACUACAAACGCCACAGCAGCACCUCCGACCUCUACAGCCAAGCUCGGUACCACGGUAGAUACCUCCAUACCACCAACUGUCGUCACGACCGACGUGGUUGUAACAGGUGAAACAACAUUAACACCAACACCAACUACCACAACAGAGCAGGGUACCACGAAGAAAACCACGGUACUCCAAACCUCCAAAAGGGAGUUCGUUACCUCAGGAGAAACUACAACUGGUGCAACUGUGAGAGGCAACACUGGGAGUACCACAUUCCAGACCAAUGUGCCUACACGUGGUACCACAGAGACGUCAACGUUCGCACCUACCACUACAACACCAGAGCAAGGUACGAUGACAGACGACGCAACACAGUCAACCUUCGCGGCCUCUCAGACUAGCUUUACAGACGAGUCAACCAUUCUGUUUACUGAAACUGAAAAGUCAGAAACUACGGCUUACACGGAUACCACAGAUAUUAGUACGACGUCAAAGCGAAGUACCACCAGGUCCGAUACCACAAAAGGGACCACAACUCUGUCUACUGUCACAGCAGAACGUGGUACUGGCGUGCAGACAACAGAGGUCGUGGUAACGGUUGAAACUGGUACUGUGGACGACGCUACGUCUCAGCAAGCGACCACAAAAGCGACGAGUAUCACAGAACAAACUACGAAGCAGCACGCGUACAACGGCAUCAGCUCAAACAAGUUCCACAACAGGAGGACGCACGUCCCGACUUACCACAACUUCCCGUAUCUCCACUUCCACAAGUCAAAUCUCAUCUACCAGAGGACGACCAACAACAAGCAGCAACCAGCACGCCAGCACGCGUACAACGGCAUCAGCUCAAACAAGUUCCACAAGAGGGCGAACAUCCCGACUUACUACAACACCCCGUAUCUCCACUUCCACAAGUCAAACCUUAUCUACCAGAGGACGACCAACAACAAGCAGCAAUGUGAGGACCACAACAUUAAAACCCACGACUACAGGCCUCAAAAGUACAACACACAAACCGACCUCGACUGUAGCUGCCACAACGAGCACUGUGCAGAGCAGUACUUCAGUAGCACCGGUGUACAACACCACGGCACAGCCUGUAACCGCCUUCCCUUCGUGCACGGUUACCUGCAGCAUAUACGCCACCUGCGUCCAGAGAAGCUCUCAGGUGUUCCAGUGCGUCUGUAA